UUUCAGUUUGAUUUUGCCUAGCGUGAGAUGAAGUCUGAAGUCUGUUGGGUUCUUUUGUUUACUUUUUUCCUUAGCCAAAAGGCUUCUUCCCAUUUUUUGGAGCAACCCUGUGGAACUUCAAUUCGACCCAGAAUUAACGGUGGCACAAACGCGAACGAAAAUGAUGCCAGCUGGAUGGCAGCCAUAACAAAUGCCACGCAUUUUUUGUGUGGCGGAACGUUGAUUCAUAGAAGCUGGAUUUUGACUGCAGCACAUUGCUUGGAUAACAGAUACAAGCUAUUCGUAAAUUUGGGGGCAUACAAAAAGCACUCCCCCCUCGUCAGACACCAAGUCAGUCAAUACAUUAUUCACCCUGGAUUCAAUGGUAUUGUGAAUGACAUAGGCCUGCUUAAACUGUCAAACAGAGUCGAGUACAAUGCCCAUAUUCGACCAAUUUGUAUUUUUUUGGAUACGCGCAUUAAGUAUCAAGUAGAGAAAACAAAAACGUUUAAUGUCUUUGGCUGGGGCCAUAAGAACGGCAUUGAAAGCGAAAUACUUCAAACCACCAUUCUGUACCAGAAAAACCGCCAAGAGUGCAACAACGAAUUUAAAGUAUAUCAUAGUUCGAGUCAAAUUUGCGCAGGAAGCCCAUAUGGCGACACCUGUCUGGGCGAUUCUGGAGGUCCAUUGACAACUAGUAUAACCAUCGACCAAAAGACUGGUCUUGAAACACAGUUCGGGAUCGUAAGCUACGGAAAACAAACAUGCGAUGGAUUGGGAGUGUAUACCGAUGUGACAAGCUUUGUCGAUUGGAUUCAGACAACCAUUUCAAAAUAUGAUACCCCAUACGCCCAAAUAAUCCCCCAAAAACCCACAGGCUUUUAUCCAGGGUUUCAACCGAUGGGCUCUCCGACCGUUUAUCCGUUGCGUCCUCCGACGGCUUAUCCGGAGGCUUAUCCGUGGGUGGGCUAUCCGGGGGCUUAUUCAUCAGGUGGUCAUCAGGUGGGUUAUCCGGUGGGUCCUCCGGUGGUUCAUCAAAUGCGGCCGAUUUUUCCAGGAGUCCCAACGGUUCAUGUGUUUCCUCCGAAGGUUCAGGGGAUUCCUCCGACAGUUCAUCCAGCGGUUUAUCCGAAACCGGCUCUACCAAAUUUUGCGUUACCGGUAUUGGAUAGUGGCUGCAGUGAAGAUCACAUGCCAUCGAUCUUGCGGCCUACCAUUUAUGGACCUGGUUUUGAGAGCGUGGGCGUGCUUAUUACAGAGCGAUUCGUCGUCACCAUUGCCACGGAUUUGCCAGAAAAUGCCGCCUGUUUAGAUGUGUCGGUAAUGAUGGAAAAAGACUUUGCGGUAUUCAGAGUUGACUCGGUUUUAAAGCACCCAAAAAAUACGGAUGAUUUCAAGAAUGAUAUAGCACUACUAAAACUGAUUGGAGCGGUGCAUAUCAAAGAUGGCAUCAGACCGAUUUGUCUAGCAAAAAUAGAGCUCCCUCACAGAUUCGAAGGAUUACCAUUUCUUUUUGACCAAGCGACAAGUAAUAGAUAUAGCGUUAAGCCCUUGACCACCCGAAUGUGUUCAGAUUAUAUCGGAUCUGUCAUCGAUGAAACUCAACUUUGUGUGGAAGUUCCUCCCGAGAUAGGUCAGUCCUACCAGAAGCGUGGAGACAUUCUGGUAGUACCCAUGAAUACAUAUGAUAGAGAACGUUACUAUUUGUUGGGAAUUGUCAGCUAUUCAUCUGAAGGCAUUCUUGUAUUUACAAAUAUUAUGAAAUUUAGGGAUUGGAUCAUUGCUACCAUUGAUAAGGAAUAAAGAGGGCAAAAUGUUGCUCAUUUAGUUUAAUGAAA